AAGAUAUAAUAUAGACCAUUAUUAUAUUAAUCUUAAAAAUUCGAAAUGAUGCAUCUCUAUUUUUUUUUUAAUAUUGAUCUCUAUUUUUUUAAAUAUUUAUCUCUCCGCUGAUGAAGCACCAUUGAUCAUCAAAUGUACCCGGUGGUCUUUUCGUUUGGUAGCCAUAUUGAGAAAAAGUCACGCCGAUAAUAUUAAAAAAUGGAGAACGAUUUGGGAACUCUGGUCGACUUGUACAUCCCACGAAAAUGCUCUGCGAGCAAUCGCAUCAUUCAUGCCAAGGAUCAUGCGUCGAUACAGUUGACGUUGGCUGAUGUAGAUCCAGAAACUGGACGCAUGACUGACACACAUAAGAUGUAUGCAAUCUGUGGAGCAAUCCGUCGUAUGGGUGAAUCAGAUGAUUGUUUAGUGCGAUUGACAAAGAAAGAUGGACUUUUACCAAAAAAUUUCUAAUAUAAUUAUAUGACCAAUUAUAAUUUUCAAUAAACUUAAAGAAAAAAAUCUUUUUUGUUAUAUUCUUCUUGAAUUUGAAAUUCCAUCUAUAUGAAUC